GCCGGGCUCUACGCGGCGCGGCGGGAUGGAGGUGGAGGAGGCGUUCCCGCUGGUGGGGCAGAUGGGGCCCUACCAGGUGUACCUGUGCGUCCUGCUGGCCGUGCUCCUGCAGCUCUAUGUGGCCACUGAAGCCAUCCUCAUUGCACUGGUGGGGGCAACUCCUCCUUACCACUGGGAUCUCGAAGAGCUCUCGGCUAACCAGAGCCGUAGCAACCAGUCAGCGAGCGAGCAGAGGGCCUUUGGGGAAUGGCUUCUGACUGCCAAUGGCAGUGAGGUUCACAAGCACGUACACUUCAGCAGCAGCUUCACAUCAAUAGUCUCUGAGUGGUUUUUAAUUGGCAACACAUCAUACAAGGUCAGCGCUGCCAGUUCUUUCUACUUUAGUGGUGUGUUUGUUGGAGCAAUUUCCUUUGGCCAGCUCUCAGACCGCUUUGGGAGGAAGAAGGUCUAUCUCACAGGUUUUGCCCUUGACAUCUUGUUUGCCAUUGCAAAUGGAUUUUCACCCUCAUAUGAAUUCUUUGCCACGUCUCGAUUCUUGGUAGGGGUGAUGAAUGGUGGGAUGUCGCUGGUGGCCUUUGUUCUUCUGAAUGAGUGUGUGGGUACUGCAUACUGGGCAUUAGCAGGAUCUAUUGGUGGCUUGUUCUUUGCUGUGGGAAUUGCCCAGUAUGCUUUAUUAGGGUACUUCAUUCGAUCCUGGAGGACUCUGGCUGUUGUGGUUAACCUGGAAGGAACAGUAGUCUUUCUUCUCUCUCUAUUCAUUCCAGAGUCCCCCCGCUGGCUAUACUCACAAGGCCGGCUGAAUGAAGCAGAAGAUGCCCUCUACCUCAUUGCAAAGAAGAACCGCAAGCAGAAGUACGCUUUUUCAUUAAAACUCCCAGCAGAGAGAAGCCCCAGAGAGGCUGGCAGUUUCUUGGAUCUGUUCCGACACAGGAUUCUCUUGGGACGCACACUGAUCAUGAUGUUCACCUGGUUUGUGUGCAGCUUGGUUUACUAUGGUCUUACCCUUAAUGUAGGUGACUUAGGUGGAAGUAUUUAUGCCAAUUUAGCCCUUUCAGGGUUGAUAGAAAUCCCAGCAUACCCAAUCUGUAUUUACUUGAUUAACCAAAAAUGGUUUGGUCGAAAGCGAACAUUGAGUGCAUUUCUGUUCCUGGGAGGAUUGGCUUGUCUUAUUGUCAUGUUUCUUCCUAAAAAGAAAGAUACUGGAGUGUUUGCAGUGGUGAACAGUCGCUCUCUUUCUUUGUUGGGAAAACUGACGAUCAGUGCUGCAUUUAACAUCGUCUAUAUCUACACAUCAGAACUUUAUCCCACAGUGAUCAGGAAUGUUGGAAUGGGUGCCUGCUCCAUGUUUUCCCGUGUUGGUGGAAUCAUUGCUCCUUUUGUCCCUUCAUUGAAAUCUGUACAGUGGUCUCUGCCUUACAUUGUAUUUGGAGCAACUGGUCUUUUGUCUGGGCUCCUAAGUUUAUUGUUGCCGGAGACCUUAAACAGCCCUUUGCUAGAAACAAUUUCAGACCUGCAGGUGUGCUCGUACUGGAGGCUGGGGGAUGAAGCCAUGUCAUUGCAAGCCCUAGAUGGCUCACAGUCUGGAGACAAGGACAAUUCUGCAGGAAGUGGAAGUGAAGAUGAGGAGUUUUAUGAUGCUGAUGAAGAGACGCAUAUGAUCAAGUAAUGAAAAGAAGAAACACUGACCUGUUUUCAUACCUUUUCUUACUUGUCCAGUCAGUCCAGCUCUAAGACGAGAGUUAUGGGGACCAUCUGUCAGGGAAUGUAACUGGGCAAAUGCCUUUGUCUUUCCUGAUUAGGAGGAGAGCUUGAGUACUGUUCAGAUUAAUUACACCACUGAUACUCUUCAUACAAGACAGCCAUUCAAAUUCUUGUAGGACAGAAUAAGAAUGCACAGUUUACAUUUGAAGCCAGGUGAGAGAGCAAGAGAAGGAUGAUGCAUUUCUGAAGCCUAGGAAAUUAUCCACUGUUUGGGCAGAUCAUCAGCAUACACGUUUUCUUUUCAAGGUGGUUGGUUUUGAGUCAGCAUAAAUUGAUAAAUUUGAAAAUGUC